CAGAUUUCCAAUGAUUUGCCCUGAUUCCUGAAAGCGUGUUCGCUUCUAAUUUCAAUGAUUUUCGUUGAAAUUUUUACUUUUUAGGAUAUUAACAUAGUUUUGGCAGACUGAAUUUUUCGGCAAGGACGAAUUUUCGAAAAAAUCACCUGGCAUCCUUCGACUUCGUACAGUGCUUAGUAUUGUCAAUUCAAUUCGAAGAAGGAUGUCAUAACUCAUAAUAGCACUUAGCGGUUGUCGUAGAAUAAUAGUUUACAUACACCAGACUGUUUUUGUUGUAUGGUAAUGUGAGAGCAAUCAAAUAAUUUACUUGAUAUACAAAAUGGCCCUUUUGGGAGCUCAGCUGGUAAUCACGCUGAUCAUGGUUAGCGUGAUCCAGAAAGUAAGUCCACAUUUCUCACUGGCCAAGUGGAUUCUGUGUUCAACCGGUUUGACCCGUUAUUUACAUCCGACGGAUGACGAACUGCGGAAGCUGUCCGGAGUACCUCGUGAGAAAACUAAGUCAAGAAAGGACAAGCGGGGCAACGGUCAUGUCGAGGUUAACGAACGUCCAUCGACAUUCCACGUCCCACGAAGUUUGAAUGUGCAGCUGGAAAGUAUUAGCAUAGCGCCGUAUGACAUUGUGCAUUUGCGGUACUACACCGAGUACCAGUGGAUGGUGGACUUUAGUUUGUAUGCCGCAAUCGUUUACGCAUUUUCUGAGAUCUACCAGUUUUUCUUCCCGAUGAAAGAUGAGUUCAAUUUGAGUAUGCUGUGGUGUCUGUUGGUGAUUUUCUUUGCGUUCAAAUUAUUGACCUCUCUCACAAUCCAAUACUUCCAAAGUGAGGAAUCAAUCGGUGAACGUUCGACUUGUAUUGUCACGGGGCUGAUAUAUUUGUUGAUUGCAAUGAUCAUUUUGAUUGUGCCGGAAACAACACUGGAAGUUGGGUUAGUUCAAGCAUAUAAGAGUUUCAAUGCCAGUGCUUCGGAGUUCUUACAGUCGCAAGGAUUGCAGUCUUCUGGACCAGCUUCGGAAAUAGUCGUUAAGUUUUUUAUAGCUGUCAGCUGCGGAAUUGUUGGGGCCCUAUUCACAUUUCCUGGACUUCGGAUGGCACGGAUGCACUGGGAUUCUCUGAAAUUUUGUCAAGAUAAAUUGUGGCUUAAAAUCGCGCUUAAUCUAAGUUUUGCAACUCCGUUCCUUUUGGUGCUGCUGUGGAUCAAGCCACUGAGUAGAGACUAUCUCAGCGUUCGAAUCUUUUCUGGAAUGUCCGCGCCACUGCUCUCAUCCGAAGCUUUCGAAACCAUCCGCUUGGGGGCAGUAGUUUUUGCUGUUCUCCUCCGAUUCGUUCUAAUGCCCGUGUAUUUGCAAGCUUACCUAAAUUUGGCAUAUGAUCGAAUCGAGGAUCAAAAGAAAGAAGCUGGUCGCAUUACGAACGUGGAUUUGCAGAAGAAGAUAACCUCAAUAUUUUACUACCUGUGCGUUGUAACACUGCAGUACGUGGCACCGAUCUUAAUGUGCUUAUUCUUCACGUUGAUGUACAAAACAUUGGGCGAGUACACCUGGACCGGAUUUUUAAAGGAACCGCUUCCUCCGAAUGAAUGUUCUGCCGAUCUGGAGACGCAACGUGCAAUGGAAGCUGCGAUGGCAGUGCCCUUCGAUAGCAAUACAGAUGCAAUCUCCGAUGACGCCGGUAUUCAGUCCGCUGCGCAAACUAUUCAAUUAUCCUUGCAGAGCUUAAAAUCGGUCUUUACCAAAGAUGUGUACCGAGGGUUGCUGGGAUUUUCAACCUGGUGGUGCUGUUUCAGUUGGUUUGCGUCCACUUCGCUUGGUAUGGUUUAUCAAUCGUACUUCACCAAAUCAUAAGCGAAAGAAAUAUAUCUUUAAGAACACGUCGUGCAUUUAGGAUAGUCAUGUGCAUUUUGCAAAAUGUCCGAUCAUUGAACAAUAAUUUAACUUUCUAAGGAACGACCUUAUGAUAAUCGAACGAAAAAGUCAUAGCAUAAAAUCACUCGUGGUAGUAAUAGCUUUUAUUAUUUUAUUCUAGGUUGAAAUAAACAAAUUCUUUGUUA